GGACCGCCUGUCCCCUCUCUGCCUGGGCUGUCAAUGGCUUUCGGGACGUGUUUUAUUUGAAUGUCUGGGCGAUAUAAGUGACCAAUAAUGGAUAUUCUAUGGAUAUUAUGGACCAUACCGGCCGUAAUAGCUGUUGAAGAGACACUUAUGGACUCCACUACAGCCACAGCGGAGCUCGGCUGGACGGUCUACCCCGUGUCAGGGUCCAGCGACAAUAGUUGGGAGGAGGUGAGCGGUUACGAUGAAAACAUGAACACCAUCCGGACGUACCAGGUCUGCAAUGUUUUCGACAACAAUCAGAACAACUGGGUACGGACGAAGUACAUCCGCCGUCGUGGUGCUCAGCGCAUCCACGUGGAGAUGAAGUUCUCGGUGAGGGACUGCAGCAGCAUUCCCAAUGUGCCGGGCUCCUGUAAAGAGACGUUUAACCUGUAUUACUAUGAAUCCGAUGCCGACACGGCCACCAGGACGUCACCGGCUUGGAUGGAGAACCCCUGGAUCAAAGUUGACACCAUCGCAGCAGACGAGAGCUUCUCCCAGGUGGACUUAGGAGGCCGAGUGAUGAAGAUCAACACUGAAGUUCGAAGCUUCGGCCCCGUGUCCCGAAAUGGCUUCUACCUUGCCUUCCAGGACUACGGCGGCUGCAUGUCGCUCAUUGCCGUCCGCGUCUUUUACCGGAAAUGCCCCCGUAUCAUCACCAACGGGGCGCUGUUCCAGGAGACGCUCUCGGGAGCAGAGAGCACCUCCCUCGUGGCUGCGAGAGGUGUUUGCAUCCCCAACGCAGAAGAGGUGGAUGUCCCCAUUAAGCUGUACUGCAACGGAGACGGAGAGUGGAUGGUACCCAUCGGACGCUGUAUGUGCAAGGCCGGGAACGAGGCUGUGGAGAAUGGGACUGUCUGUCGAGCCUGUCCGUCUGGAUUUUUCAAGCCAACUCAAAAAGAUGAACCCUGCAUGCAGUGUCCCAUCAACAGCCGUACCACCAGCGAAGGCGCCAUAAACUGCGUUUGCCGCAACGGAUACUACCGCACCGACUCAGAUCCUCUCCAGAUGCCGUGCACAACCGUCCCAUCAGCUCCACAAGCUGUCAUCUCUAGUGUGAAUGAAACCUCUGUGAUGCUGGAAUGGAUGCCUCCCCGGGAUUCGGGGGGCCGCGAGGACGUUGUCUUCAACAUUAUCUGCAAGAGCUGCGGCGGAGGCCGGGGAGGCUGCACCCGCUGCGGGGACAAUGUUCAGUUUUUACCCCGUCAGCUGGGCCUGACAGAGCCCCGGGUCUACAUUAGUGACCUGCUGGCCCACACACAGUACACGUUUGAGGUGCAGGCUGUCAACGGGGUGUCAGAUCAGAGCCCCUACUCCCCUCAGUACGCCUCAGUCAACAUUACCACUAACCAGGCUGCUCCGUCCACAGUGUCUAUAAUGCACCAGGUCAGCCGCACGGUGGACAGCAUCACCCUCUCCUGGUCCCAGCCCGACCAGCCCAAUGGAGUCAUCCUGGACUAUGAGCUACAGUACUAUGAAAAGGACCAAUCAGAAUAUAAUGCUACCGCCAUCAGGAGCCAGACCAACACAGUGGUCAUUCGUGGCCUCAAGCCAGGAAGCAUCUACGUGUUCCAGGUCCGGGCCCGCACCGUCGCAGGCUUCGGACGCUACAGUGGCAAACUUUACUUCCAGACCAUGACUGAGGAGGAAUACAACACCAGUAUUCAGGAGAAGCUACCUCUCAUCAUCGGCUCGGCAGCUGCUGGCUUGGUCUUCCUCAUCGCUGUGGUCGUCAUCGUCAUCGUCUGUAACCGAUCCUCUAAGGAAUCAGAUAUUCGUUUUUUCCGGAGGCGUGGCUUCGACCGGGCGGAUUCAGAAUACACGGACAAACUGCAGCACUACACCAGCGGCCACAUGACUCCAGGAAUGAAGAUUUAUAUUGAUCCGUUCACAUAUGAGGACCCCAACGAGGCUGUGAGAGAGUUUGCCAAGGAGAUUGAUAUAUCCUGCGUGAAGAUUGAACAGGUCAUUGGUGCAGGGGAAUUUGGAGAAGUGUGCAGCGGUAACCUGAAGCUCCCAGGUAAAAGGGAGAUGUUUGUUGCCAUAAAAACUCUGAAGUCUGGCUACACUGAGAAGCAGAGGCGGGACUUCCUCAGUGAGGCGAGUAUCAUGGGCCAGUUCGACCAUCCUAACGUCAUCCACCUGGAGGGCGUGGUCACCAAGAGCAGUCCCGUCAUGAUCAUCACUGAGUUCAUGGAGAAUGGAUCUCUGGACUCCUUCCUCAGACAAAACGAUGGGCAGUUCACGGUGAUCCAGCUCGUCGGUAUGCUGCGCGGCAUCGCCUCGGGCAUGAAAUACCUGGCCGACAUGAACUACGUGCACCGUGACCUCGCUGCCCGAAACAUCCUGGUCAACAGCAACCUUGUGUGCAAGGUGUCGGACUUCGGUCUCUCGCGCUUCCUGGAGGACGACACAUCAGACCCCACCUACACCAGUGCUCUGGGAGGGAAGAUUCCUAUCCGAUGGACUGCACCCGAAGCCAUCCAGUACAGGAAGUUCACCUCCGCCAGUGAUGUGUGGAGCUACGGGAUCGUCAUGUGGGAAGUCAUGUCCUACGGAGAGAGGCCUUACUGGGACAUGACCAAUCAAGAUGUCAUCAACGCCAUCGAGCAGGACUACCGGCUGCCCCCACCCAUGGACUGUCCCAGCGCGCUGCACCAGCUCAUGUUGGACUGCUGGCAGAAGGACCGCAACAAUCGGCCCAAGUUCAGUCAGAUCGUCAACAACCUCGACAAGAUGAUCCGCAACCCCAACACGCUAAAGGCCAUGACCCCGUUAUCAUCAGGUGUUCAUCUCCCUCUCCUGGACCGCAGCAUCCCAGACUUCUCCAGCUUCAGCACUGUGGACGAGUGGCUGGAUGCCAUCAAGAUGGGCCAGUACAAAGACAACUUUGCCAGUGCUGACUUUUCUACAUUUGAUGUGGUGUCCCAGAUGACCAUGGAUGACAUCCUGAGGGUUGGAGUGACGUUAGCGGGCCAUCAAAAGAAGAUCCUCAACAGCGUCCAGAUGAUGCGGGCACAGAUGAACCAGAUCCAGUCAGUGGAGGUUUGACCCUCCCGAGCGGAGCAGAGGGGGGUAAAAAAAAAAAAAAAGAAAAAGAAAAAAAAAAGGGCAGUUGGGAUGCAGGGCUCUGGGUGCGGAGGAUGGAGUUUUUUCGCGUUACAGUGUGUCUGGUCUUCCCACCGGACUACCAUUCAUCCCUCGUUCUCCUCUAUACUUUCCUCUCUCCUCCUCUCAUCCCCUCACCCUGACUCUCUCCCUCCAUCUUUUGGGAAUCGGCUGUGGAGAGUUGUGGAAACGUGAUGAGGACCCACAGCCGACCCACCGUUGGAGCCAGAAACACGGGAGGUUAGAAGUGACCAGCAACACAUUUUUUCAAUCUUCCACCACUUUUCAUUUGAACAUUUUUUUUUUUUUUUUUUGGUUUGUUUGUUCUGAUAAUUUUGUAAAGAAUUUUUUAAAGGACAAAAAAAGAAAAACUGAGAAAAGGCAAGGAGUUUAUCUAAAUUUAUAGAUGAUAUAAGCUUGUACACUAGACGAACUGAGUAGGAAAGCUACCCUUUAAAAGGGCGAGAAAAAAAGAAAACAAGGAGGAGCUGAGGAGGCCAUCCUCAGCGAAGGUGUGGAUAUUGUCUUUGCAUCUUUUUAAUUUUGGACAUCACGAGGACAUCAGAGUUCUCUGCGGCCCUCUGAAACCGCAGAGGGAACUGAGCAACUCGACGUGCACUCCUGACUGUUUCCCCAGGAGAGAAAAUAAAUUAAAAAACCAUGAAAUGGGACAUUUGGCAUAGACUGAUGUCAAAAACACAUUCAUUCAGACAAUUCACUCAAAAAAAAGAAAAAAAACUUUUUUUUUUCAUUGCAAGUAAUUUUCUAUAUUGUGUGAAAUUUUGUGAUGAAGAAUUCCGUCUCACCAUGCUUCCUCUCACUAUAGACAAAGUUUGUUUUCUUUCACGGUGAAUUAUUCACAGCCUGCCAAAUAGAACUCUUCCCUUUUUCUGCACCCCGAUCACGAUCCUGUAUUGUACAUAUCAGAUGCACUUGACCUGCCAUAACGCGACGACUCAGAAGAAACUGAUCAGUUCAGGAGCAGAAGAACUGACCACAGGGAGGAUUUAAGUUGUUGUCAGCAUCAGUUUCUUUCCUUAUUUUGUGAAAAAUAGCUUGUGGAGAAAAAAAAUAACCAACAUAAAUUCACACAAAAAGAAACAGUUUCUACUGUCGACAUCCACGUACAUGCAGUGUCCCGUUACAGCAUCCUCCUUCAUCUCCGGCGCCGUCUGUGCACACACACACGUGCCACGUGCACACAGUGGCUCCCGAAGCGUCGGGGACUCGUGUUUGAUAGCAUGCUGAGUGAGUGGUUAAUUUCACAGUGCUUUGAUUUGCUGCAAUUACUAGAACUCUGUUUGGGUAAGAGCUUGGAUUUGACACACUUUAUGAAGUGUAAUGUGGCUGCAUUAUACUCAGUGUUUCUUCUUCCAGUUUUCCUUUUUUUUGAAAAGACAUGUUAAAGUUUUGAUACCACACAUGGUUAUUUUACACACACAUACAGUCAUGAAUAGACUUUACAAUCAGGCGUUUGUUGAAUUAAAAAAAAAAAUGCAAGGUGUUAUAUUUUUGCAAUUUUCUGUAUGGAUAUUAUUGAAUUGUUAUUAUUAUUUUGUUUUUUUCUGCACUGAGUCUAUUGUUUGACUCCAACAAACACUCUGGAUCUUCCAUCAAUGCUUAGACUUUUAUUUUGUUGGUGCACAAAAACAUGUAGAUAAAGUUCCCUGUGACAGGUUUUGAUUUUAUAGACAGUAUAUGCAUUUAUUGUGUGGCUUCCUGUCUCAUGAGUACAGAGCUGUCAGUCAUCGUUUGCGUCGAUGUGAAAGGUUAUUCGGGGGGAAAAAGACGGGGUUCGUAGCAAUGCAGUGAUUCCCUGGAGACGGUGAUGAAGCAGGCGGGGGUUGUAUGUAUACAGCCAAUAAGUGAUACCAGCAGCGCAGUUCCUACUGCGAGCGGAGCUCCGAGACCUGACAGCCAGACACGGACGUCCAGCUGUGAACCAUCGGUCAGAUGUGUCCGGUCACAGCGGGGCGGCCGCGCCCCGAUCACAGCCGCUCUGUCCGGGCACUGAUUCUCCCCUUGAUCACGCACAUGCCUGGCAGCCACCUGUCUGCCGCUCCCACUGAUCUCCGUGCAGUCGGCCUUCGGCAGUUGUCUGGUUUCGUCUCUUCGACUUUAUAAGCAUCAACCGUGGCAGGCGAACUGACACUCAUCGGCCGUGCAGUUGUGUCUGGAAAAAAAACCCAGACUGGACAAUGCUUCCAUGUUCGCUCGUACCAAAUCAGACUUGAGUUUUUGUGGUGUCACUACAGACAGCUUUAGCACCAAAGCCCCGGUUAAAGAAACCCUCCUGCACUCCCGUCGUCUUACCUUUCAUUAUCUCCGGCUCUCCGGAGAAUUCAAGGACAUGAGUGGAGCGUUUUUUAUUCUCUUUCUGCUCCAUAACCCUCUCCUCCCGUAUUCUUUUCAUCUGCAGUGCAACACAUCAGAGUGAAUAUUUUCACUGGAAGCUUUUAUAACAUAUGAAACUGGGAGGAGGACAAUCAGGAGCCGUUAGUCAUAGCCGAGAAGCGAGUGAGAAGUGAUGACCUAAAUGCCACUGAUGCCAACAUGCUUUUGUAACCCGGCUAUAGACCUUCUUCCUUUUCCAUUUCUCAAUACUUAACAGCUCAUCAGUUUCACUUUUGUGAAGCUUCUCACGGUGCGACAUUUAUUCCGACGUCGGGAAAAACGCUUAAUGUUGUUCAAGAAAUUAAUCUAAUGUACACACGAGGCGAGCGAGUUUCUGCUCCGGCCCCAUUAAAGCUCAUUCAGAUGCUUGUCCACGGACGCUGCCAAGACUUUGAGUUAUUAAUCAAGCAAUUAUCCUUGAACUUUGCUUCAAGGAAGUACCUUAAACAGGGUGGGCAGGCGUGCUUACUGCUAAAGACAUAAAAUAUUUGACUUUAUGUUGCAUACUGUCAGUAUUUUCUUGCCACUACUUUUUGUUGAACUCCUUCGGAAGAGUUAGUUUGUUGUUUCCAUUUUAUCUGAAGGGGUUUUUGAUUGAAUGUCGAGUGUUUGAAAGCACGGCAUCGAGUAUUUAUGUAUCUUAUGAUUUCAAUGGCACGAAAGAGAGGAAUUGUUGCAGUUCAAGCUGAGCAGUGAUAGCGGGGAGAAGAAAUUGACGCACUUAUGUCGAGUGUUUCAAGUGGUUGUGACUUCCUUUUCAACAGCAGACCGGCUGCUUUUCUUUACAACAAAGCCCAAAAUGUGGGGGAAAAAAAACGACGUCCAAUUUCUAUUGAAAAAUGUAUAGAAACCAAUUCACUAAUUCAUCUGUUAGUUUUUAUGGCGCACAUAUUUCUAAAAGAAAUUUUACUGAGUGGUGAUUAUUCUUUUAUCCCCUGCCUGAAAUCAGACAGAAUAUUUCAUUGAAGUGAAAUUAUUGUCCAUUACUUUAAUGGCUUUCACAGUAAUACCUGAAUAUUGGAUCUUGGGGGAAUUCAGAGGAACAGUGUGUAAGAUUUACGGGGAUUUAGUGGCAUCUGUUGAUAAGCAGAUUGCAACCAGCUAAAACUUCUUCAGUGUUCAUCGUUCUGGUGGAUUUAACAGGGAGCCAAAUUAUCAGCGGAGGUCCGUUCGUCUCCAAAACAAACAAAUCCAGCGAUGUGAAGCAUUAAAAAACUGCAAGUCAGUGUAUCUCCUAAACGGUUUGGCACAUCAAAGACGGGCCGCCGGCACCUGCUUAUGUGUGCUCGCUUUUUUCUCUGAUAGCUGGAAAUCUAGACGUAUCCAGACGUGGAAGAGAUUUUUACCGGGAGCCGAUUUUAGCUGCAGAGGUCUCUUUCUAAAACAAACAGACAAGGUGACUAAAACCAGCAAAAACACUAAAAAUGCAGUUUCAAGUUACAAAUCAGUGUUUCACUUACGCUGUUUGGCAUGUCCCUGACUGGAUGCUAGCUCAUGUGCUCACCAUUUUUUGCCUCAUGACUUAAGAUCCCAAAUUCCAGGAGGUUUUUAACGGGAGCAAAAUUAUCCGCAGAGGUCUCCUCCUCUUCAAAACAAACGGACUAGGUGAUUUUAAACCGGUAAAAACACUGAAUAAAGCAGUUUCACGUUGUAAAUUAGUGUUUCUCCUGCACUGUUUAGCACAUUGCAGAGGGGAUGAUAGCCGUGUGCUCACCUUUUUUCUAUUUUAACUUUUUACAGGGAGCCAAAUUACUCACAAAAACAAAAAAUGAAAACAUACCAGGUGAUUUAAACUGGCACUUUCUCAUAAAAAAUGUUUUUUAAAUUGGUGAUUUUCAAUGCCGUUUGACGCAGAGCGGCUGCCAACUAAGGUGGCUGACGCAAAAUUGUGAAUGUCCCUGCAGUGUUUGGUUUGUCCAUUCUGAGCCACUGUAGAAACAUGGCGGUGCAACAUGGGGAUCUCCAUAAAUGUGGACCCGCUCCUUUUCUAAUUGGCUUAUUCUAACAAAAUCACAGCUGCGCUUAUUUUUAGGUGAUAACACAGUCAAGAAAACUAACGUUUUGCAUUAUAUUCAGUUUCUGCCAGUAUAUCCCCCAAAAUCCUUCACACUGGACUUUGUAUAUACAAAAAGGGUAUUUGAGUCCUUUCUGUUUACUUGAUUUCCCCUUUGAAGCAGUAUUUUCUGCCUUUCACUUUCCAGAAACAACAUUUAUCUUUUCAGAUAUAGUUUUAUUGUUAAGUUUUGCAGCACCAAAUAUCUUCCAUCUACACUAGUUUAAAAAACUCUUUACACGUUUCCCGCGUGUGGUCGUGACGCCGGUGAUGGUUUCACACAACCGACUGCAACUUUCAGCAAAACAUUCUCUCCUCUCAACAUCUGUGAAGCGAAGUAAAAACCACUCCUGCCGUCACCGUGUGCCAAUUUCUGAAGGACGGAGGAAAAGCGUUAAGUCUCAGUGUUACUGUUACAUGAUCGUGUGCACAAACACGAGCCGUGCCAGGAUGUACCCACUGGGCUGAACGCCGCCCAGCUGCAGCGCGGUCGAGGCGAGAGGUCUGCCUCCUGUUGAGGUGGACAGAAAAUGGCUCCUGUUUGAAUGGAUGCAGCUCGAAGCGCCAGAGCGCCCUCUGCUGCCGCGGUGGUCAGAUGUAGCUCGUUGGAUUGACACUUUCAGGUGCAGAUGGUCUGUGAAUGCUGCGGCGGGCAGAGCUCCGCGUGCAGGACUCUUCAGCUGGCUGUGUCUUUCCCUCUUGUUGGACAAGCGGUCGUACCACUACGCCACCUGUGUCCCCCUUCAUGACCCUGUGUUUCCCUCUGUUGUCCCCCCUCCCCGCCCCCAAACACCCCCCUCCCACUACCACUCUGGCUGUUGGUUAGUACAGGCGGGGAUCUCCACGUGCUCCCCGGUCCUCUAAAGCCCACGUUGUAGACCAGUGCCGGUUCAGACCACUGUGACUGAUGUGGGAGAUCCUGUAUUUCUGUAUAAAUGUAUAUUGACUGUAACCCUGUGAAUGAUGUAACAAUUUCAUUAUUUGUAAUAUUGUCAUUGGUUUAUUUUCUAAAAAUGGAAAGCCCAACUUGA